AGGAGAUUAAACCCCACAAUUGAAGCCCUAGCUCCUCCAGUAUUCCUCUCUCCCCAAAACGUCAGUACAGUAUUGGGAUUAGGGUUUAGUUAUCUAUUUUCUUACCCAGCUUACUAUUGAAGAAUUGAAAGUUUGGGAUGGGCAAGAAAGAGAAGAAGGUGAAUGCAUCAAAAGCUGAAAAAGUUUCGUCACCCGAGGAAGAAAAAGGAAAGGGGAAGGCUCCAAUUGCAGAAGUGAGUACGGACGAUGAUGAAGAAGCCAAUGAAGACCUCAGUUUGAAAAUCGUUCAAAGAGCCAUGCUGCGAGCAUGUAAUGGUGGUCCUGAAAAAGAUAGGGUUUCUGAAAUUGUUACAAAUCUCAAGGACGAGAAAAGGAUAAAGGAAAAAAACGAGAAGAAAAAGAAAAAGAAGAGCAGGGAAACGGAAGCUCUCCCAGGAGAUGUCGAGGGUCAUGAAAAGGGUGAAGAGAAGUCCGGGAGUGAUAAAGCUACUGGGAUUGCUUAUGAAGCAGUUGAGGCAAAUCCUGCUGAGAUGUCAGAUAAUGCUGUCCUGAGGAAGCUUCUUCGGGGAUCUAGGUACUUUGAUCCUCCGGACAGUUGGGGAACAUGCUAUAAUUGUGGUGAAGAGGGUCAUACAGCUAUUAACUGUACUUCAGAAAGGCGCAAGAAGCCUUGCUUUAUUUGUGGGAGUUUAGAACAUAAUGCCAAGCAAUGUUCCAAGGGACAAGAUUGCUUCAUCUGCAAACAACAGGGUCAUCGUGCAAAAGAUUGCCCUGAGAAAAGCAGAGUGGAGUCCCCGAGUUCUAAGAUGUGUUUAAAAUGUGGAGAGUCUGGACAUGAUAUGUUUUCUUGUAGGAAUGACUAUUCUACUGAUGACCUCAAGGAAAUGCAGUGUUACAUUUGCCAAAAGUUUGGCCAUCUGUGUUGUGUAAACUAUACUGAUCUUACACCAAGAGAGGUCUCCUGUUAUCGAUGUGGUCUAUUGGGCCAUACUGGUUUGGCUUGUACAGGGUCCCGAGGGGAUACAACUGUCACUGGAUGGGAUAAUUCAUGCUACAGGUGUGGGGAAGUUGGACAUUUUGCUCGUGAAUGUAUCACCUCAAAAACUGUCAAGAGAAAUAGUGAAUUUUCAACCCCCAAGCAGAAAUCUACUAAGAAGAAUAGAGAUCUUAAGGAAGUUAAGUCUGCUCCUCAUGAUCUUGGCAGUAGUUAUAAAAGAAAAACCCAAUAUGAAGGAGGAUAUGCGUCGACUUCAAAUGCAAAACACAGAGGUGGUUGGAUCACUGAAGACCCCGGAGAUUAUAGUAGCAAUAGAUACAAUGAAAAUACUUGGAGAUCUCCUGCAACACCGAGUCACAAAAGAGCCAAGAUUUUUAAUUCAAUUGGUGAGAGUGCUUCAAAUUCUCAUUCUUCAAAAAAUCCCCAUAAACAUCAUUUUAGAAAUUCGGCUUCAAAUGGGUCAGCCAAGUUUUAUCGGCAGAGGUUUUCUGCCUCGCGAUUUGGCAACAGCAUCUAUGAUGGGACUAGAAGAGAUUAUGGUUGGUGAUAGUGGAGUAUAAUAUAUCAAGAAUGCUGGUUGUUUGGGCAUUUGCUGCAUCCGGACAUCUGCUCAGAGAAGACAUUCUUUGCCUUCUGGUAGAUCAUAUCUUAUGGAUUCAUUAGGUGGCUCAAUAGAAAGUCUCGAGUCAACUUGGUCUGUGCUUAAAUUAUAGCAAGGAAAUAUCUCAACAUAGCACGAAACCUAACUUAACACUGGCCUUGUGUUCUCCCCUCAUUUUUUUUCGCCAAUUUAUUGUAUUGUAUUAUAUUUCACUGUGAAGCAGCAGUGGCAGUAGCAGUAGCAGUCCACUAUAUCAAAGUGUGCACAUUUGAGACAUAUUCUGGACACUUCUGUUCUUAAAAAAAUAAAAAAAUUUCUUGCCCGAAA